AUGGGGUCGUCACCAAUCUCCCUACUGUUUCAGGUAAAAAGAUUGGAGCCAGAACUUGUAACACCGGCAAGUCCAACACCUUGUGAGCAAAAGAUACUCUCAGAAAUAGAUAACCAAGAAGCCCUUAGGUGUCAAACUCCAUUUAUAUGGUCUUACACCAGCAACCCUUCUUCGAAAGAAAUCGACCCCGUUCAGGUAAUUCGGGAUGCCCUAAGUAGAUCAUUAGUGUAUUACUACCCUUUAGCUGGUAGGGUUAGGGAAGGGCCUAACAAAAAGCUUAUGGUAGACUGCAAUGGAGAAGGUGUCUUGUUCAUAGAGGCCGAGGCUGAUGUCACACUCGAGCAGCUCGGAGACACCCUUCAACCCCCUUGUCCACUCUUGGAGGACUUCCUGUAUGAUGUUCCAGGCACAAAUGACAUUGUUGGCACGCCUUUGCUGUUAGUUCAGGUGACCCGUCUGAAAUGUGGAGGUUUCAUAUUUGCAAUGCGCUUGAACCACACGAUGUUUGAUGCACUUGGGCUUGCUCAGUUCUUGAACGCAGUUGGGGAGAUUGCACGAGGUGCACAUGCACCAUCAAUCCCACCUAUUUGGGAACGAGAACUCUUGAAUGCCCGAGAGCCGCCACAGGUUACGUAUAUGCAUCACGAGUACGGGGACGAGAAUGAAUCUCAGGCAGGCUCCGUCAUUGCGUCCGUGGAUCAGCCAGACCUCAUCCAGCGGUGUUUCUAUUUCAGUCCUAAGGGGAUAAGGUCUGCUAGGAAACAUCUUCCACCAAACCUUAGCAACACUUGCUCCACAUUUGAGUUGAUAACAGGGUGCUUAUGGAAAUGCCGAACAAUUGCACUUGCAAUGAAUCCGAACGAGGCUGUUCGAGUUUCGCUAGUCGUCAAUGCACGUGGAAAGCGCAACAAUCUCAAUGUUCCUUUGGGAUUCUAUGGCAAUGCAAUUGGAUUCCCGAGUGUGAUUUCAACAGCCGAACUCUUGUGUAACAGUCCACUGGAAUACGCGGUGCAGCUGGUGAGGGAGGCAAAAAAUAAGAUGAAUGAAGACUACAUAAAAUCAGUGGCAGAUCUUUUGGCAUUGAGAGGAUGGCCUCCACUUACAUUGGCAGGGAAUAACUUCAUACUUUCGGAUAACACGCGCACCGGUGUGGGAGAGGUAGAUUUCGGAUGGGGAAAGCCAAUAAUUGCCGGACCUGCCAAGUCCGUCAAUUUGAUCAGCUUUUAUGUUCGGGACAGUAAUCAAGAAAAAGAUUAUGGAAUUCUGGUACCAAUGUGCUUACCUUUCUGGUGUAUGGAGAAGAUUGAGCAGGAGCUAAAAAGGAUAACUAUGGAGCCUGUGGAGGUUAUAUCGAAACAAGAUUCAAACACUUGCCUUGCUUAAUUACGUGUUGCUGGAUUUUUACAUAUUUGGGUUAUGCUAAUUUCUCUUAGUUUUU